AUGUGUAAUACUUCUGAUAGUGAGAGUGAUGUGCCGAUGCAUGAAAUAAAAGAUGUUAGCAGUGUUAGUACGCCUAAAAAAACUAAAAAGUGCGGAUUAUACGCAGAAAUACAAAAGAGACUGGGAAAAAGAGUGCAAGUGGCUCCAGUCAAGUGCAAAUUCUGCAGUUCCGAUAUCCUUAUUGCGAGGGGCAAAGGAGAAAUUAAAAAGCAUACCACCACUGCGAAACACAUAAAGUCAAUAUCAACCAUCAAAUCGCAACCAUCUGUGGCGUCAGUGUUUGGCAAAAAAUCCAAAAAUAUUGACGAAAAGGCAACAGUGGGUGUUUUGCGUCUUGCUGGUGUUAUAGCGGAGCAAUAA